AUGGAAGGCUCUCCGUCUGCCAACGAUGACGGUUUCUCCACCUUCUUUUCCGAGACCGGUUCCGGCAAGCACGUUCCCCGAUCCCUCUACGUCGACCUUGAGCCCAAUGUCGUGGACGAGGUUCGAACCGGUGCUUACCGAAGCCUUUUCCACCCCGAGACCAUGAUCACUGGCAAGGAAGACGCUGCCAACAACUACGCUCGUGGUCACUACACUGUCGGCAAGGACCUCGUCGACAGCGUUCUCGAGCAAGUCCGACGUCUCGCCGACAACUGUUCCGGUCUUCAGGGAUUCUUUGUCUUCCACUCCUUUGGUGGUGGUACCGGUUCUGGUUUCGGUGCCCUCCUCAUGGAGAGGUUGUCGAUGGACUACGGCAAAAAGUCCAAGCUCGAAUUCUCCGUCUACCCCGCUCCCAAGAUGUCUACCUCCGUGGUCGAGCCUUACAACUCUGUGCUCACUACGCACACUACUCUUGAGCACUCUGACUGUUCCUUCAUGGUUGACAACGAAGCCAUCUACGACAUUUGCCGACGAAACUUGGGAAUCACCUCUCCUUCUUUCACCAACUUGAACCGUUUGAUCGCCCAGGUUGUUUCCUCCGUUACUGCUUCUCUUCGAUUCGACGGUGACCUCAAUGUCGACCUCAACGAGUUCCAGACCAACUUGGUUCCCUACCCCCGUAUCCACUUCCCUCUCGCCACUUACGCCCCCGUCAUCUCUGCUGACAAGGCUUUCCACGAGUCCAACUCUGUCUACGAGAUGACCACCGCCUGUUUCGAGUCCAACAACCAGAUGGUCAAGUGCGACCCUCGACAGGGCAAGUACAUGGCUUGUUGCAUGCUCUACCGAGGAGACGUCGUCCCCAAGGACGUCCAGGCCGCUGUCGCCAACAUCCGAACCAAGAGGACUAUCCAGUUCGUCGACUGGUGCCCUACUGGUUUCAAGAUUGGUAUCUGCAACGAGCCUCCCGCGCUUGUCCCCGGUGGUGACCUCGCCAAGGUCUCUCGAUCUCUUUGCAUGCUUUCCAACACUACUUCUAUUGCUACUGCCUGGGCCCGACUUGACAACAAGUUCGACUUGCUCUACUCUAAGCGAGCCUUUGUGCACUGGUACGUUGGAGAGGGUAUGGAGGAGGGAGAGUUCUCUGAGGCCCGAGAGGACCUUGCGGCUCUGGAAAAGGAUUACGAGGAGGUGGGAAUCGACAGCGAGAUGGACAACUUCGAGGAGGAAGAGUACUAA